AUGAACCCAAGUGCUGGAACUUCCGAGGCGAUCCGGUUAGCUCAAGCCUCGGACUGGAAGAGUUUGCAGCGUUUAGUGGAGCGUGAUCCUGCAAGUGCCACGUACCGCGGGGACCACGGGAUGCUGCCCCUUCAUUGGGCGUGCACCGUCCGUCACGUGCCCUUGUCCCUCAUUGCAAAGCUCUUGCAAGCGUAUCCAGAAAGUGUCGCAACGAAAAACGACGGCGACUUGCUGCCGCUUCAAAUUGCCAUUCGAGCAGGAGUUCAAGCAGCUUGUCUAAGGAAAUUGGUCCGUGCGUACCCCGACGCGGUGAGCGAGCGGAUGCCGGACGGGGGGACGGCGCUGGAAAUGGCGGAAGCCACUGGACUGGAAGCAGACAAGUUGAAGGUGCUCUAUCGAGCAUACCACCGGAGCAGCAUUGUACUGCAACAGCAACAAAAGGAGCAGCAACAUGCUGCUGCGGCUGAUGAUGAUGACGUGAGUGGACGAGAGAGUGAGGGGUUGCUUGAUCUGGAACGCGUGACGAGUGAGCAGGAAGAGGGUGAAGCUUCUGGCGUGGAAAGAGUGUUGAGGGAUGAAGAUGCAGACGAUGACGUGGUGGACUGGACGGAGGCUGCUGGACCGGACCCGUUCGUGGGGAACGUCAGCUUUGGAGGUGGGUUCCUUCCUGAUGAUGAUGAUGAUGAUGGUGAGGGAGCAUCGGACACGGGUGAGGGAUCGACUUUGGAGCCACGAGACAGUAUCAGCAUGAUGAGUGAGCAGUCACUGAAUGACAUGGACGGACUUGAUACACUGCACGAUCAACUCGUGUCGCCUUCGUCGAUCAGUACUGGCAGUCGAGACGAGACGAGGAAUCCUCAUAGCGGUCGAUCUUCAUUUGAUGCUACGCAGGUUUGUUCAGGGAGUCAUCGUGGGUUACCCUUACGAGGCUUUCAGGAGUGGAGUCACCAACACUCUCCCUUGCAGCAGCGUCACACGACAUCGUCGUUGUCAGGCCAGUUUCAGAGUAACGACUUUGCUAGUGAUCGUGGACAGCAAAUAAUGAGCUCAGCCAUGAGAGCUGAUGCUGGUGUGAGGACUGCACGAGGAGGAGAAGAAGAAGAUGACGAAGUAGGAGGACGUCGUCGAGGCCACAGUCGUCACUCCUCACUCCCUGUCAUGCUCAAUCACGAACGUGUCCGACAGAAUGCUUACUCUGGAUUCCACAGUGAAGCCGAUGAUGAUGUCGAACAUGCUGACAAAGACAAUGGAUCUCCUCGUGACAGUAUCAGCCCGGGGGGAGGUGUCGUCUGCGCUCAAGUGAACCUGCAAGACCGACUUUUCCAAUCUGUCCGCGAAUUCCCUCGACGUUCCAUGCCGCGAACAGGGUCCCAAAGAAGCUCGCCACCGUUUUUCCAGAGUCGUGCAUCUCACGGGUCUAUCAAUGAUCGCGGUCACAAUGACCCUCGACCCGAGUGGAAGCAUGACGACGAGUGCUCAAUCUGCCGUGCUAGUUUCGGCAUGUUCAAGCACCGCCAUCACUGCCGCAAUUGUGGCAAAUCCAUCUGCAGUCAACACAGCGCAGGCAAGAAGAUAUCGAUGGAAGCCAAGGGGUUUACAACUCCACAGCGUGUGUGUGUCACUUGCUACGCAAUGAUCACACACAGUCGGGGACGUAAGCACGAACUCGAGCAGGCUGAGACUGACCGCGGCAACGACUCGUUGCUUGAUGUCCAUCCACAUCAACGCAUUGCACUGGGAGCUGGUGAUGACGAUCGAAACGGCGUGAGAGGUGCCUCGUUUCCAUCUGCAACUGUUGCGAUACCUGGUCGAGGUUUUGCUCGGGAAAACUCACAAAGCCCCACUAUCAGUAAUGGAAGCCCCGACAUAUCCCCGACGACUGGAACUCACGAAUGGAGUUAUCAGAAGUCAAGCGUCAUUGCAGCAGGUGAAGCAACUGGUGGAGCUGGAGAGCGUGUGACGGCGUUGAACCACGCGCCCCGACAGAAUGGAUCAUCGUCAUCAUCCCCGUUUUCUUCCUCAUCAGCUGUCCAUGAGCUGCGAAGUUUGCUCGCGUCACAACAAAAGCAGAUCCAGCAACUCGCUCAGAGCAACUUGCAGAUGCAACAGCAGCUGCUUGAACAUGAUCAUGUCAAGACUGAGACAAUGCGAUUCCUGAAUCAGCUCAUGACCCGCGUUUCGGUACUGGAACUGCAAACUGAUUGCAGUGCUCGAAUCAACAAACGGCGCAGUACUGAAACGGGUGAGAGCGAAGACGACGAGGAGUUCCCGCACGAUGAGAAUCAUAAAUAA